CGGUCACACUGGACAACGUGCACAAAAUAAAAAAAUCGAACUACAGGAUUAUCAACAAUAUAAAACCCCCGAAAAAGGUCAUAAAAAACUGACAACUUCCCCGAGAAUAGUGUAAGCACAGUGACCGGAAGUGUACCACGUUUAUCGCGGAGUUUUGAGCCAGCACAAAUAAUUCAGCUUUGUGAUUCGGAGCCGCAAUUAAAACGGAAAAUUAAAGAACACAGGCAGCUUACGAUAGAUCCGCACCGAUUUCUCUAUCCGGCAAAAAAGAGAAACUUCGUGUUCAGUGGGUGAAAGGAACCACUGAGGUCGCAUUUUCUGCGACGACAUCUCGGACAAAGAACACACAGUUUUCCCUGAGUUGUGGGGAACGCGAAUCGAACUCAGAGGUGUCGCCUAUGACGCACACUUUUCGGCCCCAAGGAAAGUGUUAAGUCCACCCGAUAAGUAACAACAAAGGAGAGAGCACAGUGAGGGGCACACGAAUAGCAGCGCCCCACCAUGACAAUCAAGCCAGUGAGCGCACCACCGAGUGCGAAGCGCGUGGCUGGCAAUGUGGAUGCGGAUAACAAGGAGGCCCAGGUGGUUGUGGUGGAGCAGUCGGUGGUCAACCAGACCCACAACCAUGCCCACACACACACCCACAACCACCGCAACGUCGUCAUCGAUGGACAUGGUCAGAGUCCCCAGAGGCGUGGCGAGGUCUACGACGAACUGGCACGCACCCAUCGCUGCAGCCCCCACAAGAGCACACGUUCAAAGCGUCGCGAGCACCACGAAACCCAUGCCCACCACUACAAGCGUGAUCGUCUGGAGCGUGAGAAACUAAACCAUCCGACGGCGGUGGCGGGAAGCGGAGCACCCGGCGUGUCUGGCAGCAAGUGCAGCAGUCCGCCGUCGGCUUCAACUUCUGGCAGUAGCAGUCCCGCGGCGGUGGGCAGAAACUCACCCGAACAUCUGGGACUAGGCUGCGCCACAGUACCAAAAGCUCAGGUCCAGAUGACGACGCCUACGGCGUCUGCCAGUCUGCUGAAAUCAGCAGAGGAGACCUUCUCCGGCUACAACAGCGGUGACGAGCAUCUUCAGCCCAAGGAGCGCCUGAUUCCGGUGGAGGAGUGGCAGCGCCGCGAUGUCGAGUUCGCCAAGUGCAUGGAACAGCGCGGCUACGAACUGAAGCCUGUCGAAGAGGACGGCGCCUGCCUUUUUCGCUCCAUUUCGCUGCAGAUCUACGGCGACGAGGAGAUGCACGACGUGAUCCGCCAACACACCAUGGAUUAUAUUCACGAGAACCGCGAGUAUUUCGGUCAGUUUGUCACCGAGGACAUCAACAGCUACAUACAGCGCAAACGAGCUCGUGACGCCCAUGGCAACCACAUCGAGAUCCAGGCCAUAUCCGAGAUCUAUAGUCGCACUGUUGAAGUGUACUGCUACCAGUCAAAUCCUAUCAAUAUUUUCAACUCUGAACAGUCGCAGGCAGGCUAUCCUCCAUUGCGUUUGUCCUAUCAGCGCGGAUCACACUACAAUGCUAUAUUAGAUCCCUACAACGCCACCGUUGGCGUGGGCCUGGGCUUGGCUGGUUACAAGCCCGAGAUCCAAACCAAAGAGGCAGUGCGUCUCAGCGAGCAGUUGGAGAUCGAACAGACCAUGUUCGAGGAUAAGCUAAAGACAACAGACUGGGAGGCCACCAACGAAGCCAUCGAGGAGCAAAUUGCUCGCGAGUCCUACCUGCAGUGGUGCCGCGAGAACAUGCAACGCUCGCGCAGCAGCAACACGGCCGCAGGAUCGGCCACAUCCUCAACGGUUACCUCAGCGGAGGCGCUCACCGAUUCGGAUGCCUCGCCCUCGAAGUACUCGGUGUGCGGAGGCACCGGCAGCAGCAGCAAUCCGGCUGUGACUUUGACCAGCGGCAGUGGUGGAGAUGCCACCGCCCCUGGGUUUUCCUUAUCGCCGAAAACACUCGGCCAGUUUAGCCACAAGCUGCCUCCAGAGGUGAACGAGCUGGCUGGCUACGAUAGCGAUGCCACAGAUAUGAGUAGCACCAGUUCGGUGGGACACUGCGGUGGUAACUCAUCGCCGAGCACGGCUUCUGGCCAGCGGUCCGGCAAGGCAGCUAAGUCACAGCGACGCACCACUGCUCUUAGAAAGAAGCGGCGCCACGAAACUCGCGAGGCUCCCUUGGCGAGCAAGAGCGCCGAGGUGUUGGAGGCCCCGCUAAGAAAGAGUCCGAAGCGUGAUUCUGCGCCGUCUGUGGCUCGCGCUAAUACACCGGAGGCUGAGCAGCGUCCCUGCACCUCAAAGCAGUCUCAUUCGCCACAGAAAAGCGGGGACGUCAAGUCGCCCACGGAUAAGAGCUACUCCAGCUUCUACCAGGAGUUGCUCGAGGCAUCCUACGCCGAUGAGGGAGUCAACGAGAGCGAGAUGCUGCAGCAGGCCAUCCAGAUGUCCACACGCGAUUACAUGGAGGACCAGAAGCGCAAGUUUCUCUGCGGACCGUAGUCCCGCUUCGGUCUUUGUACAGUGAUUUAGCAGUUCUUUCCGCAACGAAAGCAGAACACAAAACUUACCAAAAAACAAACAACAAUACGCAGAAAUUAUCUACGAUCUUGAAUGUUGAUAAGUGGGCGUGAAACGAACUUUGCAAUUUGUGCAGGGAAUCGGCGCACUUCCGCUUUUACACAUUUACACUCUCACAUAACACUAUCCCUAUAAAUAUUUUUAAUAAGGCCUGUUUGUGUAAUCAUUAGAACCAAAAUUAAAAAUUCAUUAAAGGAU